CCAGAGCUGCUCACAUUCCAGGCUGGUGCUGAAAGCAGAGGGAACGACGCAUUGAUCUGCUGGGAAUGUCUGUUGGUUUCCACCUUGAUCCCAGAACCAAAUCUACCUUUAACACUCCUCUCUUCUCCUCCACCAGCUGUGCCAACAUCAGGCUCUCCAUUGUCCAGUUCAGUUUUUUGCAUCUUUUUUUUGUUGUUUUUGUUUUAUCAAAUCAAACCUCUUUAUACAAGAAGAUCACAUUAAAAUGCUGACAUAUAUUUCAAGUUUUUCUAAUUUUUACCUCAUUUUUAUUUUUGGAAGCAUUUCACAGUCUGUAAAUAUUUAAAUAAUUCUGUACUAAAUCUUUUGUCAUUUUGUUUACUUUUUCCUCGUGGUUAUCCAUUAUUGUUUCUAUUAUUUGUUUAUUCUUCCUCAUAUUACCUUAAUAGAGGUUGACCUUUGAUCUGUCCUGCUGCUGAAACUAUUUAACUUCCCCCAACAGGAAUAUAGUAAAUGGCCUGCACUUGUAUAGCACUUUAUCAAGUCCCCAGAGAUCCUAAAGCUUUACACUACAAUCAGUCAUCCACACAUUCACACAGUGACAGUGGUGAGCAACAAUCUAGCUGACAGAAGUGAGGCUGCCACCAAUUACCAUUUCCAAAUUUGGCAUUUCUACUCGGAAGUCGGAAUAUCCGACCUCCGAUUAGAGUUCAGGGUUAUUUUAAAAAUUUCAUCUGGAAGCCCCGCGAGAGUCUGAAUUAAGAGUCGGAGCAACACGACCAUACCCGACUUCCGCAUUCAAGAUGGUUGCUACUCGCCUAGUGAAACGUUUCUACUGUGACGGUUUUUAGCGGCUCUUUAUUAUUUAUGCAACAUUUACUUUCAGUGUUUAUAAGACGAGAUGUUUCAACGCUGUUUAUAUGCACGAAAUAGCGCGUAGAUCAGUGUUAUUGUUGUAAGGCUGCUGUUACAGUUGUUAUCAAUACGAACGAAAACAAGCAGGAAACUGGAACGCUACAACCCGGAAAUGACCCCAGAAGCGGGAGUGUUGAUAAAGCUGUAAGAGAGCUGCAGCAGCAGCAGUUGAUGAACUCUGGAAAGAAGUCCAGCAGCUUGAGGAACAUCUGGUCAAAGAAACUGGAGGGAAGCAGGAGCUCAAACAGCGGCAGGACGCAGCAGAGGAAGAGACACCAGAUGAUGGAUGAUGUUUUCCAGCCCAGAUUAGUGCUGCCAGCAGAUGUUAAAGAAGAGGCUCCUGAAGAACAGAGUCCUGAUGUGGAUCAGCAGGAGCCAGAGCCCCUCCAGAUAAAGGAGGAACAGGAGGAACUCUGGACCAGUCAGGAAGGAGAGCAGCUCACUGUGAAGGAGGAGACUGAUACCAGGUUUCCAUUAACUGCAGCUCCUAUCAAGAAUUUUAAAGAAGAGUCUCCUGAAGAACAGAGUCCUGAUAUGGACCAGCAGGAGCUGGAGCUCCACCACAUAAAGGACGAAAGUGAAAGAAUCUGGGCCAGCCAGGAUGGAGAACAACUGAAUGUGAAGAAGGAGACUGAUGAUACCAGGUCUCCAUUAACUGUUGUUAAUAUGAAGAGUGAAGAGGAUGAGGAGAAACCUCUGUUCUCUCAGCUUCAUCAACAUCAGACAGAAGAUAGAGAUCUUCCAAGCAGCAUCUCAGCUGACCAGAUAAAAGCAGAAAUUAAAGUAGAGGACUGUGGGACAGCAGAAUCUAACAGGAACCCAGAUCUAAAUACUCAUGGAUGCUCUCCCAACUAUACAGAGACUGAAGACAGUGAGGAUGAAGAGAAUGAUGUGAAGCAUCAUGAAUCUGAGCUUAAACGCUUAUCAGACUCUGAAACCGAAGACAGUGAGGAUGAUUGGAAGGAGAGCAGGACUCCAGGGUCAGACAGAAACACUGUCAACAAAUCUUUGAGCUGCUCUGAUUGUGGAGGAAGAUUUGCUAACAGACGUUCUCUUCAGAGUCACAUCACAUGUCAUCCAAGAUUAACGUCUUCAGAUUGUUCUGGUAAUGAGACGUGUUUCAGAGAGAAGAAAAACAUAGAUUCACUGACAAAGGCCCAGACAGGUAGUAAAAAUUUUAACUGUGGUGAGUGUGGUAAAAGUUUUAACAGGAAACAAAAGCUAAGCAUACACAUAAAAAUCCACACAGCAAACAAACCAUUUGGAUGUGAUGUUUGUGGGAAAAGAUUUAACCAAAAAACAACUUUAAACAACCAUAUAAAAACUCACACAGGGGAGAAAUCUUUUGGUUGUGAUGCAUGUGGAAAAAGAUUUAACCAAAAGUCAUAUUUAAACAGACACAUUAAAAUCCACACAGAAGAAAAACUUUUUGGUUGUGAUGCAUGUGGAAAGAGAUUUAACCAAAAGUCAUAUUUAAACAAACACAGGAGAAUCCACACAGAAGACAACCCCUUUAGUUGUGAUGUUUGUGGAAAAAGAUUUUACCAAACCUCAGAUCUAAACAGACACAUUAGAAUCCAUGCAGAAGACAAACCCUUUAGUGGUGAUGUAUGUGAAAAAAGAUUCGACCAAACCUCAAAUUUAAACAAAAACAUGAGAAUCCACAUUGGAGACAAACCUUUUGGUUGUGACGCUUGUGGAAAGAAAUUUAAACAAAAGUCAAAUUUAAACAAACAUAUGAAAAUCCACAUAGGAGACAAACCUUUUGGUUGUGACGCUUGUGGAAGGAGAUUUAAACAAAAGUCAAAUUUAAACAAACACAUGAGAAUUCACGCAGAAGACAAACCCUUUAGAUGUGAUGUUUGUGGAAAAAGGUUUGCUUACAUGUCACUUUUAAACGGACACAUGAGAAUUCACACAGAAGACAAACCCUUUAAUUGUGAUGUUUGUGGAAAAAGGUUUAUCUCCAAGUCAAAUUUAAACAGACACAUAAAAAUCCACACAGAGGACAAACGCUGUGGCUGUGAUGCAUGUGGAAAAAGAUUUGCCUGGAAGUCAGUUUUAAACAGACACAUGAGAAUCCACACAGGAGACAAACCCUUUGGUUGUGAUGCAUGUGGAAAGAGAUAUUACCAAAAGUCACAUUUGAACAGCCACAUGAGAAUCCACACAGGAGACAAACCCUUUGGUUGUGAUGCCUGUGGAAAAACAUUUGCCUGGAAGUCAAACUUAGACAAACACAUGCGAAUCCACACAAGUGACAAACCUUUUAGUUGUGAUGUUUGUGGAAAAAGAUUUGCCUACAAGUCACUUUUGAACAGACACAAGAAUAUCCACACAGAAGUCAAACCCUUUGCUUGUGAUGUUUGUGGAAAAAGAUUUGCAAUGAAGCCAGUUUUAAGCAGACACAUGAGAAUCCACACAGGAGAGAAACCCUUUGGUUGUGAUGUUUGUGGAAAAACAUUUCCCUCCAAGUCAAAUUUAAACAAUCACAUGAGAAGCCACACAGGAGUAAAACCCUUUAGUUGUGAUGCCUGUGGGAAAAGAUUUUCCCAGAAGUCACAUUUAGUUAAACACAUGAGAAUCCACACAGGAGAGAGACCCUUUAGUUGUGAUGUUUGUGGAAAAAGAUUUGCGUACAAUUCAGUUUUAAACAUACACAUGAGAAUCCACACAGAAGACAAACCCUUUGGUUGUGAUGUUUGUGGGAAAAGAUAUGCCUUAAAGUUCAGUUUAAACAUACAUAUGAGAAUCCACACAGGAGAGAAACCCUUUGGUUGUGAUGCAUGUGGAAAGAGAUAUUACCAAAAGUCACAUUUGAACAGCCACAUGAGAAUCCACACAGGAGACAAACCCUUUAGUUGUGAUGUUUGUGGAAAAAGAUUUGCCUGGAAGUCAGUUUUAGACAAACACAUGAGAAUCCACACAGACGAGAGAAGCCCUUUGGCUGAUAUGCUUGUGAUAUAAUUAUUUACUAUAAAAACUAUACAAAAAGUCAAAUUUAAACCCCCACAUGAUAACUCACAGGGGAACUAAACCCCCAAGCUGUGAUGCUUGUGGUAAAUAUUUUGCCUUUAACCCAUCUUCAAAAUAACUCAUAAGAACAGACAAUGGAGAGAAACCUUUUGAAUGUGAUGAAUGUGGUAAAAACUUAACCUUUUAUGUCAGGUCUAAACCAGCACACUAGAAUUUACAGAAACAUAAGCUCAUUGCUGGUUAUGAUUGUGGACAAGAUUUAAACAUAAUUUAUGCCCCUAAUCAUAUCAGUGUGUGAAUGUGUGUAUGAAUAGGUGGAUGACUGAUUGUAGCGUAAAGCGCUUUGGGGUCCUCGGACUUGAUAAAGUGCUAUACGAGUGCAGGCCAUUUACCAAAUAGCAGCAACAAACAUCCAGCCUGAAGUUAUGGAUAGCUUUGUCCGUUCAUAGCUUUUCUUAUCUACUCUGGUCUCCUUAGUCGGUAUUGUUUUUGGCCUGCUUAUAGAGGGGCGAGGGGCCAGUCCCCUCUGGCGUGGGCUACUUCAUUUGGUCUGUCCCAGCUUUCUCGGCUGUGGUUGCUGUUGUUGUAUUUGCAAAAUGUCUUGGUGGACACACAAAUGUCCUCACCAAAACUGGUUUAUGAUGUCAUUGUGUCAAUGAGUUUGUUGAGGUCAGUGGCUGCAACUUAAAAAAACCCUCCAAUCUAUGCAUUCAAAGCAGGCUGGUACCUUCUGCUUUAAUUCCUCUGUCCAUUUCCUUAUAGUCCUUACCGCAGGCUUACAAGUUCUUUAUUUCUGUGGGUUUGUGUGAGCUGAAGCAGAUGGUGUUCAGAGUCCUGAAACUGUUCAGGGCACAGGGCAGUAGGUAUCCUUUCAAACUGUAUCAGUGGUCAAGAGUGUUAGCAUCUCUGGUUGAGCUCUCUGUAUUUAGGAAGUUCAUAAGUGAGAUUUGCGCUGUUAAAAUAUUGGAAAACAAUGAUGGGGGAGUCUUGGUGUUGGUUCUUCCACAUCUGUAAUUAGGUCAGUUCGCUAAGGGCGGCAGAUCCCAGUUUCUUAUGCUGAGAAAGAGCAUCUCGCUUGUUUAGUUCGCCAAGGAGCGGAUAUUUGCCAGGUAGAUAGAUGAAAGCAGAGCUUGCAGUCCUGUCAGAGCUUGACAAGCAUAAACUGCACAUUUUCCCAGUCUGGUUCUCCAAUACUUCCCACAAAGAGCAACUGCGCUUCCAACCAGGAUCUAAAAAAAAACUCUGAAUGGGUGAAAACCGAAGAGCUACUCAGAGAGAACUGACUGAUUCUUAGGAGUUGCUGUCUGGUUGGAAGUACCUGUAGCACAACUGCAAAGUACAGUACAAAUACAGGGGGGAAAAAAAGUACAGAGAUGUCUAUGUAUAGCGCCAUCUAUCUAACUAAUUCCACAAUGCUCUGGGUUGGGUCCUUGUAGUGCUUCAAGCUUGUUGAUCUUUUUUGCUAGAGAUCAUACAUCUAUUGUGGUCGAUGAAAAAGAUGGAUUAAAUCCCCGAACACCUGACUCCCCGUCCCCACCAAACCCUCUCCCCUCCUUUGGUGCAAUCACACUGGUUCCUUGUUAGCUCUUUGGGUUGCAGUUUUUGGGUGUUUGAGGUUUUGAGUUGUCCUUGGAAACAACUGUGACUUUGUUAUGGUGAUACAUUGCAUUAAAGUCCACAAGAAUAUUAUCAACCAGAAAACAAGGUCAAAAAUCCUAAAGAAUAAAAACACUUGUCAUGUAAUAAGUUGAUAUCUUGGGUCAUACUAUUCUAGAAUUUCGUUGAAUUAUUAUAGAGAUGUGUUUCAUUCUAGAAAUCUUUGUUUGUUAUGGAUCCAAUUUAGAUUGUAUAUAUUAUUGUUUGAUAUAUUGUCGCCUCUGGCUGCUCAUCUCUCUCACAUUGUUGUGCCUCAGCUGGAGAUGAAACGUGGACUUAGACCCAUCUUUGCUUCUGCUCAUCAGAAUGGUCCACAUAAGAGGUUGUGUCUGGGCAAAGAAAAUUAGUUUAGGAUAAAACAACCUAAAUAUUGUUAAUUUCAUGGUGUUUAGCUUUUGUUUGUGGUGGUAUAAGGCAACCUUGUGAUGCUAAUGUGAACAUACCUCUAAGCCUUAAGGCUAGUCUUAUUUGUUCUGUGUUGUUUUAAAGUUGAGACAAACUUUAUUUCAAUUGUAUGAUUAAACACUGGCUGAACAGUAAUGGAAUUUGCUCGAUUUUAUCUGUGCUUUUCCUUAAUCUCCUUGAACUAACCUGCUAAAAAUUUGUUUGAAUAUUGCUUAAAACUUGCUAAAGGCUGUGUCUGCUAGAAGCUAACAUGCUAAUACCUCUGCUAAUACUACACAGUAGAAAGCUUUGUUUACAACAGAGCUUGUUUCAUUCACUCCGUACUUGUUAGAUAACGUGCCGUCAGAGCUUGUAUACACAUUAAAUACCAUUAGUACAAAUAUUAACGUGUGCGUAAAACUUAUACAACUGUCGAAUGAGCUACUUUCUUUGUGUUAGGAUUUGGUGACCCGGAUGUGGUACCACCAUAUUUCCCUGUUUGUCCAUUAGCCGUGCGCCCCCUGGCAUCUUUAAAUAAAGGUUUGCGCCACCAUUUUAAGCGUUAAUAAUGCAGUUUAACCAUGUGCUGAGGAAGAAUUGUAUAACAUUAAAAAUCAGUUGUCCAAAUUGGUUGUUUUCUAAUUUGAGAAUUCAUUCUUUAAAAAAAUAUUUUAUUAAAAUAAUGUGUAAUGCCUGGUUCACACUGAAGGGUUUUCAAAUGAUCAGCUGAUUUUCAAAACCGAAGACCCCAUAUGUGACGAUACAAAAUUGUAGGUAUAACAGGUACGGUCCUACAACGUGUGGUGUCCAGCCACACAGCAAGCACAACACACCACAUAUGAACAGAUUUCACUUACAAACAUUCAGAUUUCAGACUGGAAAUUUCACAAACCCUCUUGAGAUCAAAUGUGAGUUCAGAGUAAUUCCCUUCCGUGUUUCUCUCACAUCACUUUCUGAUUGGCUACACGUCACAUUCAACAAGGCUGCAUGCUCGUAUUUCCUCAGGGAAUACCCCACAUAGUAGGAAAUCUGGGAAAGACGAUCCAACAUGUUGAAUGUCUCUGAUUGGAGUUCGGAGCAGUCCUGACAUCCUUCCAAGCAGACUAGAUCACUCUUAACCCACCACACACGGCAGGAUUAUCUCGUAAAAUUAUCUUGAGAGCUAGCACCAUGAUUGGGAAUGUCGGAAGAUCAGGGUGAAAAUCGGCAUAAAAUCCUGCCAUGUGAACCAGGCACUACUUACCUUCUGAUUUGUGUUGUGACUAGUUGUUUGAACAUAUACCAAUUGUUGUCCUUAAUUACUUUUAAAACUAAUUUGAUUCCUCAAAAUAAAUCUUGGUUCUUAAACUUGAAUAUCAACACUGAACUGUGACAUCAUUGCAUCAAUUGUAUUGGUCCCCUUUUAUCUUUUAUUUGAAUAUAGUUUCAUUAGUUUCUGUAUUCCUUUAUUUUGUUCGGUAGUUCAGUUGAAUAGUUCUAGUCUAUUAUUUUGUUAAUUAAAAUAUUUUAGCAUGGAGUUUAAUUGUUUUUGUUGAUAAAUUCUUACAUUCUGAAGAGACGUUGUUGUGAAUUUAUUCCAUAUGUGUGCAGAGUUUGUUGAGGAACAACCAGCCAGUGGAUCCAAAGCUUGGUGAUAGUUUGAGUCUUUGUUUUACUGACAGGAUGUUUUUAGAAACCAGUUGAAAACCCUUCUGGUUUAUCAGGGUUUUAUGUUGUGAUUGUAUGAUGAAUAUUUUAUUUGGUUUAUAUGGAUCCUUAAUUUAAUUUUACCUGUUUUGUACAGCGCUCUGGGACUGUGUCUAAAAUCUGAAGCUGACUAAUAAACCUUUUUUUACUUUU